UACGUAGACAUACCUGACGGGAAGCACCGGCUUCGACAUGGAAAUAUAGGAAAGAGAGGAACACGCGGCUUGCGUCGGGAUUACAGCGUCGGGCGUUGGCGAAGGUGAUGCCCGCGUGUGCGCCGGGAGGGCUCUCGAUCCGUCCGUGUAGCGGGAGAUGAUGACGAUCCCCGCGGGAUCGAAGAGCGGCGAUGGGAAUCAUCCGUGGUCGGGAAGGGACCACGGCUCGUUGACGUACGGCCUCGCCCUCUUCGGAUUGAUCGGCGUCGCUGCCGCCACCGUUGCGGUUGGACAGUUGAGAAGGACUAUGCGUUUGUUCUCCACUCAGCUUGAUGAGUCACAAUCCCAUACAUCAUGGAAGAGAGCUGGCAGUUCGAGCUUCGGAAACCACAAACAAAAAACUCGGAACAAAUGCGAACGCCGUAUGCAAGAAGAGUAUGAGGAGGAAAUGGAGAGAGUGGAACGUAUAAAGCGUGUGCAGAGCGUGUUCAACAGAGAAAGAAGUAAGAAUAGGAAGAGAUAUGAGUCUUGGACAGACAACACUACUGAUGCCUAUCAAUCUUUCCAAAGAGAUGACUGGUACUGGAAGACAGAUUCAAGUUACAAGGAUCGAUAUACAAAUUUCAGAUAUGCCACAAAGGACAGUGGGGAUUAUCUAAUGUCACAUCAUUACUCUGUCUUAGGCCUUGACAGGUCAAGGUCAGAACCAUACUCAGAUACUGAGAUCAAGAAUGCUUUCAGAGCAAAAGCAAUGGAAUACCAUCCUGAUCAAAACCAGGAUAAUAAAGAUGUUGCAGAGGCAAAAUUUAAAGAGGUAAUGAUGUCCUAUGAAGCAAUAAAAUCAGAGAGAAGUCAAGUGUGUUGACUCUCGAGGACCAAACACAAGAGCGAGAAGAGCUGUGUAUAUAUAAAGCAACUUAGCUGUGCUGUUAACUUUCAAUCUGGUUUCCUUUUCGUCUAUAUUCUGCUUCUUGAUGUAGUGUUGAUUGACCUUUUAAAGUUCCAGCUCUGAAGGCUAGUACUGCACAUCUACAUAUAUGCUGAGAGGCAUAAUUAGAGAUAAUGUUGGCUAUCAAUUCAUCAGAUUGAGGGCUAUACAACAAGCUUUUGAUUCUGGCAAGUUCAGUAUCGAACAAAAAAUUUUGAUUCACCAAAUUGUAGGAUGAUUUGUUA